CACUAUGGAUGCAGGUCGCCGAAAGAAAAAAGAAAGAAAAAAAUUCGGUAAUUUUCUCUCAUUUCCCAUUUGAAGGACAUGACACAGUAGAAGGCGAGAGAUGUGUGGCGUAGAUGAAAAUGCAACUUCCUGUUAAAAAAGGGCCUUGACUCAAAGCUGAAGGAGAGAGUGUCUCUGACACUGCUCUGCUGUCUCUAGACCCCAAAAAAACUGCUUAAGGAUUUUUUUUAAAGGUGAAAACUCACCAGAUACAGAACCGACUGAUUAGACGGAUGAGAACAAGACAUAUGGUGUCUUAGAAGCGGCUUUUGAACUCUUGGAUAUGGCGAAAUUGUUUGCGCUAGGACCCUUGGUUUUGGUCCUAUGCUUGGUCUUAUUCCUCUCACCCACAAGCACUUCUGAACAAGACACAGACACAAAAGUAACAGGUUCUUCUAACUCACCCACCAUCAUGCAAUCCGCUACUCCUACUCCUGCCUUACCUACAGGUUCAGUAAAGGGAUUCACUCAGCCAGACUCCUCCACUCUCACCAAUGCAUCAAUCACACCUACAAAUGCCGCUAAAGUUAAAGCAAAGGAUUCAGUCACUCAGCCAGACUCCUCCACUCUCACCAAUGCAUCAAUCACACCUACAAAUGCCACUAAAGGGACGUUUGCAAACCAGAACUAUAAAUCAUCCUCACCCCCACACAUCUCACAACAACAAAACACCAGCACCGCUGCAGGCAAUUUUACUGAACCUAAUAACCAGACAAACACAUCAACCUCACCCACACUCACCACGCAACAACAAAACACCAGCACCACUGCAGGUAAAAUUACUGUUAAUGACAAGGCAAACACACCAACCUCACUCCCAAACACCACGCAACAACAAAACACCAGCACCGCUGCAGGUGUAGGGAAUGACACCACCUCACCAACUCACUCAAGCACUGGAUCUCCCACCUCCAUGCACUCCAGCUCAACCUCACCCUCACCCUCAACCCUACCAGCCCACCCACGUACCAUCCUCGAAGGUAAGAUCUCGCGGUAA